AAGUUAAAAAAAAAAAAAAAAAGUCAAAAUGUCCCCUUUAAGGCCGGCUCAGACUUUACGAGUUCAGCCAGAUUUUGGCCCGACUGCAACGUUGCAGCUCAUCAUCAAACAUUGGGCCCAAUUAUGAACCCUGGGAAUGACAACUACUCUUACGUGUAUGAAUUUUUAUUGAAUUGUCUAGUUUGACACCUUGACCUGACAUCAGCGAUGUGAAUCCUGGCACAUAUAAAUAGGAGAGAAUUCGCUCCAUAUUUUUCUCACCUUUAAAGAAGUUUUCAGCCCUGCCUCUCCCUAACACCAUAUGGGAUGUUUCCAAGAUGACUGUGAAAUACAUGCCAUGCAGUGGAUAUAUGAAACAUCUAUCUGGUGUGUCAGGUUACUCUUUAGUGCCCUGUAAGUGGACAAAAUUCGAAAAAUUUCCCUAUAGACUGCCUUUUCCAAGGACUACAUGUGAUAAAGUGCCAUUCAGGGUUUCCUUGAAGUGGGGAAAUUGUGCUGGAUGGCCCUCAAGGCUGCCCUCUCAAUGGAUUUACCUAAGGCACCUGUCCAACAGUGGAGAAAAUGCAAGAAAGAUUACGCUCUUACCUUACGCUCCUUAUUACAAAGGUCAUUUAUACCUACAGCCUCCCUCCUCUAUCAUUGUGAAAUAAUUGGAUAAGUAAAUCCUUGCCUUUUUCACAGCGUUGUAGAUGUCAUAAUAUCACGAAACUUUAUCCUAACCUGUUUUUCAAACUAUUGGACUUAAAAUGUCUUUUUUGGUGCACUUGUGCCCUUUUUGCCCAGGCCCUUCAAACAUCCGGAGUCUGCUGGAUUUACUCUGUGUCUUUAAAUGUCACUGCAGCAACUGUUUCAACCCACAUAUACAGCAACCAAUCAGAAGCCAACUUCCACCAAAGGCUGUCUGUGCAGACCUCUCUAGCACCAAAACACAGGACUUCCUCAGAAUACGUUUUUUUUUCUCAAACUUGGAAUAAAAAUCCUAAAUAACAAUGGAGCUGAAUGAGGAGCACCUGAAAGUGGCUGAGACUCAGCUGAAGAGAUAUUUACCUCGUUCACUGAUGAAAGGAACUUAUUUUGAUGCAGCAAUUAGAAAAAGAUUGAAAGUUAACAAACUACACUUCACCCACAGAGAAGAAAACAUAAUUUCUACAUUUAUGAAAGUGUGUUGGAACAGUCCUAACACAGUUUAUGGUCUCCUGAUGCUCAGAAACAGAGUCCCAUCAGAUCCUAUGGCGUUUUUUGUGGAUGAAUGGCCCAACUUUAAUGUCUUUAUCUGCAGACCACAAUGUGUGCAGAGAGUCGAUCUCUUCAAAGACAUUCUGGUUUUUGCAAAUGAUGAAAAUAUUCUUGAAGAAACCCUGAAGAAGUCCUCUGUCAUUGACUGGAGCAGGUACCUUUGCUUUGGAUUCAGUUGUCAAUACACAGAAACAUUCAAAGCAGUGGCGUCAGAGAAAGGCGUGCCUGGACGCCAGGUGGCAGUGUGUCACAUGAUGAUUCUGGAUGAUGUUUCCACCCUUCCUGAUGUAGACAGCUCCAGGAUCACUCUCAGCUCUCUGGAUGAAUCACACAUCAGCUUGGUGAAUCAAACAUGGACGCUUGGAAAAAGCGAUGAGUCUCUCCAUAUGAUUCGCAGCAUGGUCACAAACUUCCCCUCCUGCUGCGUCCUGGAUGCUGAAGGAAAGCCUGUGGCCUGGAUCUUGGUUUAUAGUAUCUGUGCGAUGGGAAUGUUGCACACGCUGCCGGAGCACAGAGAGAAAGGUUACGCCAAAGUCCUGAUCUGCAGCAUGGCCAAGAGACUCCACGCUGAGGGAUACCCAGUCUACUGCCUCAUCGAUGAGGACAACACGCUCUCCUACAAGAUCUUUAAAAACCUGGGCUUCACUGAGGAUCCUUCAUUCAGGGGGGAGUGGUUUGAGUUCAAUGAGCUUUAAAUACCUGGAAGAAGGAGGGUGAUAAAGAAUUGUGAUUUA